CACGCGCUCAACAACGUCCUGCAGCGGCCCUGCUUCACCCAGGAGGCGGCCGACGACAUCUGUAAACGCCUGGCGCCCGACGCUCGCUUGAACCCCCACCGCAGCGUCCUGGGCACGGGCAACUACGACGUCAACGUCAUCAUGGCCGCGCUGCAGAGCCUGGAGCUGGCGGCCGUGUGGUGGGACAAGCGCCGGCCGCUGGAGCAGCUGGCGCUGGGGCAGAUCGUGGGUUUCAUCCUCAACGUGCCCUCCAAUGUCUCGCUGGGCUUCGUGUCACUGCCCGUGCGCCGCAAGCACUGGCUGGCCGUGCGGCAGCUCCGCGGCACCUACUACAACCUGGAUUCCAAGCUCAAGGCUCCGGCGCCCAUCGGCGGCGAGGACGAGCUCAGGAGCUUCCUCCGCGAUUUCCUCUCCCAAGGCCUCUGCGAGGUUUUCCUCGUCGUGCCCAAGGCCGUGGAAGAAGCCGGCGCCUGGUUGAACCCGGAGUGA